CGGAUCGGAGCCAGCCCCAACGACCCCACGGCUAGCCACCAUACUAUGUUCAAGAACAUCCCCAUCGGCUUCUGGUGGGCCGUGGUCACCAUGACCACUCUGGGUUACGGAGACAUGUACCCUCAGACGUGGUCGGGCAUGCUGGUCGGCGCACUUUGCGCCCUCGCCGGUGUGCUGACGAUAGCCAUGCCGGUUCCCGUCAUCGUCAAUAACUUUGGCAUGUAUUACUCGCUAGCCAUGGCCAAACAGAAGCUCCCUAAGAAGAGGAAGAAACACAUCCCUCAGGCGGUGCAGACCGGCUCGCCGUACUUCUGCAAAACGGACCUGAGCACAGCCUGCAACAGCACGCCGGGAGAGCUGUGUUUGGGACAGAGCCGACGACUGGAGCGCCACUGCUCAG